GCCGUCACCACCGCUCAUUCUCUCAACAUCCUCUCCGCCUCCUACCCUCCCUCCUCCGGCCAGUUCCGCAAGGACUUGAUGCCCUUCAUCACCCCCCUGCUGGGCUUUCUGAACAGGACUGGCUCCCCCUUUCUGAUCAAUGCUUACCCUUUCUUCGCCUACAAGGCGGAUCCGAAGCGGGUCUCCUUGGGUUACGUAUUGUUCGAGCCCAACUCCGGGAUUGUGGAUCCGAGCUCCGGUUUGAAGUAUGAUAACAUGCUGCAUGCUCAGGUGGGAUCGGCGAUUGCUGCCGCUGGCGAAGGGAAGGGGAUCGAGGUUCGGGUUUCAGAGACCGGGUGGCCAUCCAAAGGCGACGAGGAUGAGUUUGGGGCGACGGCAGAUAACGCGAGGAAGUACAAUGGGAAUCUGAUGAGGAUGGUGGCGGAGGGGAAGGGGACGCCGAUGAGGCCGGAUUCACCGUUGCUUGUCUACGUGUUCGCAUUGUUUAACGAGAAUUUGAAGCCCGGGCCGGGGUCGGAGAGGAAUUAUGGGCUCUUUAAUCCUGAUAUGUCGCCGGCUUAUGAUCUCGGGAUUAAGUCGGGGGCCGGGAAUUUCAGU